GCGGCGGCGGACGCGGCGCGGCGGGGCCGGGGGCCCGGCGGGGCGGCAUGCCGGGGGCGGCGGGGCGGUAGCGGCGGCGCCGAGUCGGUGCCGGGGCGGCGGGAGCGGCGAUGCGGCUGCUCGGCGCCUUCCUGCGGCUGCUGGUGGCCGGGGCGCUGGGGGCGCCGCCCGCCCCGGCUCCGGAGGCGCGGGGGACCGCCAGCGCGGAGCCGCCCGUCCUGACCUUUCGGGAGAUCUGGAAUCGUAGUUUCUGCCGGCCUCUGGAGCAGCUGGUGGACGUCAUUACUGAGUUCCCCAACGAGGUGGAGUACAUUUUCAGACCCUCCUGCGUCUCCCUGCAGCGCUGCGGAGGCUGCUGUGGGGACGAGGGUCUACGCUGCGUCCCCGUGGAGACAAGCACGGUCACCAUGCAGCUCCUGAAGAUAAAGCCAAAUGGGGAGGCACCCUACGUGGAGAUGGCGUUCACUGAGCACAAGCAGUGCGAGUGCAGGCCCCGGCAGGACCUGAUGAGGUUGGGAAGGAGGAGGUCCAAGGGCCGAGGUAAGAGAAGACAAGACAAGAAGAGACGUAAAGACUGUGAACUAUGUGGCACGCCACGCAGGUAGCCUCCGCUCUGCCCCCGGCCUCACUCCUGCUGCCUGGGUUUGAGCCAGCUGUGUUUCCCCCCAGCAUGGGGGGCUUGUGGAGCUGUGCCCCUCCAAGCAGUGGUGGGGAACAGGACUCCGGCAGGGGAGAGCUGACUGGACUCUUGCUUGGCCCUGGUGGGAACGCAGCCUGCAACCGAGGACUCCCUUGCCCUGUCUGCACCAUCAGCGGCAGCAGGACAAGAGGACCCAUGACCAGGCCUGGGGCUGAAGAUGAGGAGCUCAAGCAGCGUGUUGGUGUUCGAUGGCAUCCUGGGGGCAAUGAGGAGCGGAGCUGGUGGAUGUGCUGCUGGAGCUGGCUGGGGACAGAAUGAUGUGGGGCGCGAGUGGAGGCAGCUCGGAGGGCUGCAGCUGCAAAACUGCUGUGUUCUGCCAGCGCCCUGCAGCUGGGGAGGAAGGAAACCUGGGGCAGGCAAGGCUGCAAGGCUGUGUCUGUCCCAGCCUUGGCACAGGUUAGCCCAUGAGGGUGCCAGGGAGCUUGCCUGGUGGGGAAGGGGAGGGAAUUUGGGUUGCCAGGGCUCCUCAUACUCACAGCCACAUCCCAGCCUUGCCCUGCUCAAUAAAACCUGGUGGUCAGAUGCAGGAGCUGGCAGUGUGAGUACUCCUGUCUGCUUUCUAGCAGCUGCAGGCAGGGCUCUUCCCCAUGGGCACCCACCCAGACUGGAGGAGGGCAUCCUGUGGUGGCCCAGGGCUUGUCCCCAGCACCAACUCCUGCAGCAGCCAAGGGGCUGCCCGUGGUGUGAUGCUGGAGAUGGGCAACCAGCAGGUCAGGAGCGAGCUGCUCCCCAGGCUGGGGGUUACCCAUGUGCUGGAGCUCAGGGGGGUACUGGGAGACCUUGGAGGGAACUGCCCUUCUCCUCUACACCAUGGUGUGGUGCUAGUACCUCUCCCUGUUUACCAUGGCCAUCUUGUUCUCACCCCAGUCCGAGUGUCUGGCUCACUGUCCUGUGGCUUUCCUUCUCCCUCACUGGGCUGAUGUAAGGUUAGGGCAGCGGGGGGCAGGCAGCCCGUGGGCCUUCCCACCCAGCAAACACCCCACCAAGGCUCAUUCACCCAGCAUGGGGACAGGCUGGCCUGGGGGCCUAUCUCUUACAGGGAACAUUCUGGGGUUUGUAGGGGACUGGUGGCCCUCAUUGAGGUGGGUGCUGCUGUUUGCUGCUUUCCCUGCUCAGUCAGGUCUGUGCCCAGGUGUGGGCAGCCCCAGCCCUCACUUCUGCGUGCCCUAAGCAGUGCCUCUGGGGCUUUUCCUCUCCCCUUUCCUGCCUGUGCUGCGGGGGGGCUGGGGCUGGCUGCCAAGUGCAUCCUGUGCUGCUCCGUGCAAGCUGUACCCUGGAGCAGCGCACAUUGGUGGAAACCCUAAGGGCGAGUUGGGCACCAGCAUGCUUGUGGGGCACCCCUGGCACAGGUUUAACACAAAAUCAAGGGUUAUUGAAAGCUUCAGGCAAACAGCUAGAGGGCAAGAUGUGCAAAGGAUUCAGCGUUACCAUCAAAUGAGGUGACCUGUGGUUUAUCCUGCACUGAGGAAGAAGAGUGGGGCCUAACAUAGCAGGUGUUGGGGUCCAAGGCAGCUCCUGCCCACAUCUGACGUGGUAGCAUGUAGCCAGGGCAGGGUCCCUCAGAGCCAUAAUGCUGGUGCUGCCUGGGGCUGGCACAAGGACAUGGGGACAGGGCAGGUCCUGUGGCAGUGGUACCCUGGCAGGGAAAGCCAGUGGUGGUUGUCGAGGCAAUGUGAAUCUCCACACUACCACCACACAACGUGGCAUGGACUGGGCGAGUUGCACCUGUGCAGCUGGGCAUAUCCUCCAGGAGCUUGCUGGAUCCCUUUUGGACCCCAUUCUACUUCUGGCAUCCACAGUGUCCUGGGGCACAGCCUACAUGGACUCUGCCUCAACAAUGACCCAUGAAGCUCCUCCUUGGCUGCCUCACGGAUGAAGGGGACUUGCUGCUCCCCUUCCUGGGUCAGGAUCUGCAUGGGCCACGUGGCACCCUAGCUCCAGUGGCCUGUCCUGGUCCGUGCAGGCUCUUGCCAACCCUGUGUGCCAUUUCAGCCUGGCUGGUUGUGCUUUGAGGCUAAGGAGAACUGUGUGCAGCACUCGAGGGACGUACGUGAUGGUUUCUGUAUUGUUUUUAACAGUAAAACUUUCACCGCAGUAGUAUUAAACCUUUAAAAAGGAAGUUACAUAAACCCAAGGAUGUUAAUGAAUAAAAAUAUGUUUGUCAAGAGUGGUGAUUAGGGUUGAGAAAAAUUCAAACAAACUCCCACCCAGCGGCUUUUCCUAACGGUCCCUGGUGUCUGGCGUCACCUCUUUGGCUGCUGCUUGGCACUGAGAGUUUUCAGGCAGCUCUGCCCAGAGCUGGGGGGGGACCGGGUGCCUGCCUUGCACAUCCACCCUGUGUCGCUUCUCCCCCUGCAUUGCCUGAGCCCCCUCGUGCUGUGUGCGGCCUCACCCUCUGCUCCUCCCAUGGCAUGGAAUGUUGGGGUAGAUGGCAAGGACAUGGGUGCCUGGGAGGGAUGUGGCUGUCCUGCUGCGGCACGGAGGAUCAGCUGGGGCAGAACAGGAGCAGGGGAAGGCACCACCAGCAUGGGAAGUUUGGAAGCUCCAUCUCCAGGCGUCCGGGGCUCCCUCCAGCUCCUGGGCAUGUUUCACUGAGGCUUCACCAGCAAAGGGAACAUGACGAGCCCUGACGCUCUCACAGCUGCUGCAGGCAUCACGUGCCCAGGGGAGGACCCAUUCCCUUCCCUCCCCCUGCAUGUCUCUGCCAGAGGGGAGAGUCCUGGGACCCCCAGGACCCUCCUCAUCCCAGGGUGGCAGGGACUUCCAGCAGGACAUCGCACCCGAUGGUGACAUGAGGGUCAGGGUGGAAGCCUGCUGCCCUGAGCGGGAGAGCGGGGCUCCUGACCUUGGGGCUCAUGGCCACCACCCACGCUCCCUCCCAAGGGGACCAGCCACUGUCUGCCUGUUCCCCCUCUGUGUUGCUCCCAGUUGUGCCUUUUUUGGAGGCUUACACCAGUAGUUCCUGUCAGCCCCCACUGGCCGCAGCAGACAUGUCCCCUGAGCACCUCAACAAGGUCAGCUACAUCGACAGACCCCCAUGUUGCCCAAGUGCUGCAGAGUGGGGCUGUAGGAGGGGACUGGCUCCCUUGAAAAGGGACUGGGGCAGACCCCAGCCCCAAAGCCAGCGGGGAGCAGAACAACCCCAUGCUGAUCCUCCAUGGACAGGCACCAAACGUGCCCCAGCCCUGGUGCUCCCAAAUCCCCCAUCCUUCCCCUGCCUGUGUACCCCCUGUAGAUGGGCAGCUGUCUCACGGGAGCAGCACGCCACUGGGUUAUCAGCGUCCCUGGGCUCCCUGUGUCUCCCAGCCUUACAGAGCAAGGGUUUGUUUAAUAAAGCUUUAGGAGGCAGAGCUGCAGCAAGAUGGUUUAGAAGGAGAGUUAUAGGGGAGACAAAACAUAAGCUGGGCUCCAGGCUGCACUAGAAACAAAACAUCACAUAUUUUUGGGGAACUACCUGAAAAGGUGAUGUGGAAAUCAGCCCAGAGAUGUAGUAUCGUAGCUGGUGAAGCCCUGAUGUUAACGCUUCUCUGGUAACCUCCAUCGUCCCCAGUCCUGGGAUGCCAGCGGAGUGCUGCCUCGCAGCAGCUCCUCCCUGCACGUGCCGGCGCAGGUCUCCCACGUGUCUCUGUGCAAAUAAAGAUGUACCGAGGUCCUAACCUCUCACUUGAAACUUACAAGAUUUUGCAUCCCCACAAAGUUGGGCAUAAUCUUUCUGCUUGUUGCAGCCAGCGAUGUUUGCAGUCUCAGCCUGUUUUAAGCUUUUGCCAGCUCUCAUGCAUCUAUUUUAGGCUGUGAGAAAAAGGGUGGCUCUCACUCCCCUCCCUGUUAUUUGUCUUGCUGGUCUUACUUUGGAAGUUCCAACUUCCUGACAAGGGCCACAAGCUCUUCAGCAAGUUAAUCUGAAAAUAAUCCCCUGAAUUUAACAUCCUCCAGACAGCGCUGACAUGGGAAACUGGAAGCCCACAGGUAAGAGCCACUAUGCCUCAGGGCUGGUACACAUCUUCUACCCUUGCAAGGCUCUUCAUCGCAGGCCAGUCCUUGGGGCACUUCUUGCCGAUGCCUUUGGCUUGCUCUCUUCUGUGCUGUCCCUUGUCCCCCCUGCCUUGCUGGCCCCACAGCGUGACUGCUCAGGGCUGAGCGAUCCCUGCAUUGCCCAAAAACGGCCCCGCUCAGCUCUGCAAAGCUCCACUGCGGUCUCCCAAAAGGCAGUCAAACCACUGUCUUCCAGCUCCUCCCUUCCCAUCCAGAGGCAGAACAGCUUUAACUGUGCGAAGCAAUAAAAUGCUUUAAAUACA